AUGGCGAAUCCUGGGGUGCAGAUCAUCAACGGCGAGAAGACCUUCAUCCCUCUAGAGAACAACCCCGAGGUCCACACGCAUCUAUGUAAGAACCUCGGGGUAUCCCCCUCCCUCACCUUCCAUGACGUUCUUUCCACAAUGCCAGAGAUGUUAUCCUACAUCCCCCGUCCAGUAGACGCCCUUAUCCUUCUCUGCGACGGUUCCAUCUUCACUGCCGCCCGCUCUCACGUGGCCCCCACCAUACCAGAGUACCAGGGAAGCGGGCCAAAUGAGCCAGUGUUGUGGAUGAAGCAGACAAUCGGACACGCAUGUGGGCUGAUGGCAGUGCUGCAUGUGGUUCUCAAUCUAGAGAGUGGGAAAUUCAUCACACCUGAAUCUAAGCUGGAAGCACUCGUGAAGUCGGCUGUUGAGCUGGGACCCGCCGAGAGGGCGCAGCUCUUGUAUGACUCUAAGUUUAUGGAGGAGGCACAUAUGGAUGCCGCGUCACAGGGCUGCUCUAUUGUGCCUUCCCCACAAGACGAGUGCAAGCACCAUUUCAUCGCUUUUGUGAAGAAAGAUGGAAAGGUUUGGGAGUUAAAUGGUGGGAUGAAUGGUCCAUUGUUGCGGGGAGAGAUAGAGGGAGACCUACUUAGUGAUGAAGGACUGGGCAUGACGGCCAGGGACUUCCUAGAUGCUGCAGACACAGUGGCCCAUUCAGGAAUGAGCAUUGUCGCCGUGACUGUCGACCCAAAUUCAUCAAGCACAUCUUCGGGUUGA